GUCAGUGUGGCGUUCCUUAGUUCAGGAUAGAAAGUGAAUGGCAAUUAUGUUUCGUGAAUUUAUAAUGAUUGUGACUUUGCCAAAAGUCAAGAAUUGCAAAAUGGCGGUUGUUAGAACAGAUUUGUCGUUGCAAGACACCGUCAAUGGAUGACGAUUUGAACACAGAAAAGGACAGUGAAACGACAAGUGGAUUACAUACAGAAGCCAGCUCAACUCAAACCGGUACAGUCGUCACAGUACCUGCAUCCAACGAUACUCCGGCUCAACAGUUUAUAUUGCUAUCACAGCCUGGAAAUGGUCCCCUAACAGUUGGUGUGCAAAAUGAUGCUGUUGGUGAACCAGCUUCAAAACUGAUCCGCCUUGAGGGAGAAGAUGGCCAAACAUAUGUGUUGGCAGUUGCAGGUGUGUCAGGAGAUGCAGCUGGUAUUACAGAGCUCCAGAAGACGGAAACUGUCAAUGCUGACAUCUCAGAUGUGUCGGCCACUAUCACUCAGGUGAAGACAGAGAAGUCUGGGAUAGCUGGCCCCAGCAAGAAGUCGUCCAACUCGGCUGAAGAUGUCACACAAGCUUGGUUCACAACCAGGGAUGAUAAGCGGGUCUUGCAGAGUAAAGGCCAUACCUGGAAACAAGGGCAAUGGACGAAGGACGAGACAGAUCUGUUGAUGGAGAAUAUUGAUUCAUACUGCAAAGAACGCGGCAUCAAGGACCCAACAGAGAUCAUCUUUGAGAUGACAAAAGAUGAAAGAAAGGAUUUCUACCGCACCAUAGCCCGAGGCUUACAGCGGCCUCUGUUCUCCGUGUACCGACGCGUGACUCGCAUGUACGACCAGAAGAACCACAUGGGCAAAUAUACCCCCGAGGAGAUGGCGAAACUUAGGGAAUUGCGUAUGAAGCACGGUAAUGACUGGGCAGCUAUUGGAGCAGUACUUGGUCGAAGUGCAUCCUCCGUGAAGGACAAAUGCCGCUUGAUGAAGGACACCUGCAAUGCUGGAAAAUGGCUCCCCGAGGAAGAGAGGAGACUAGCCUCAGCUGUAUACGAGCUAGCAGGAGUCAAGAUGGGCGAGAGUGUCACGCAUGGCUUGUCCUGGGCUGCUGUGGCGGAGAGAGUGGGGACAAGGUCAGAGAAGCAGUGUAGGACCAAGUGGCUCAACUACCUCAACUGGAAGCAGAAAGGCGGGUCUGAGUGGACUCGCCAAGAUGACAUUAAUCUAAUACUCAAAAUCGCUAGCCUGGGAGCCUCGGAUGAUACUGAGAUCGACUGGAAUGAACUUUCUAGUGACUGGUCAAGUGUGCGUUCACCCCAAUGGCUACGAGGCAAGUGGUGGUCCCUCAAGAGACAUGUGCCCGACUAUCAGGACCUUGUCUUUGCAGAUAUCAUUGAAAUCCUGAAGACGAUGCAUUACCAGAAUGUUCGCAUCAAGAGCCCAGGGGUGAGGUUGAGAGUGCAGGGUCGACAGGCCAAUGGUGAGAUCGGCCUCCAGGUCCCCUUGAGUCUGCAGCCUGGCGUGUCUCUAGACGGGGAGGACUCCGAGUCUACAUUCCAGGCCUACGAAGUCCUGCAACAGUGGACACCUGGCAACUCCAAUGCACUGCUGAUCACACAACCGCACAACAACCCUGCUGUCUCCUUCAGCGGCGCCAGCACCAUGUCCACGGACCACAUCAUCGUACACACACUGCCAGUGUCACAGUCGGACGGCCAUGUUAAGAGCGGGGAGAACGUGACGGUGCAGAUGAACCACCAGCCUCAUGUCAUCAUCAGUGCCGCCAGUGAUGACGGCUCACUGGACGGGUCCGUCAUUACCACUUCCAUUCAGCUCCCGGAUGGCAUGGACUCAUCAGAACAAGAGUGCCACCAGUACCAGCUGUCCAGCGAGGCCUGUCAGAUGAUUGAUAGUCAAGGGGAGAUAAUAACAGGACAGUUUUCAACGACAGCUGUGUCAGCAGCAGAUCUCCAUGCUGAUGUGGCCCAGUCGGUGUUGAGCUCUGGAGCAUCGGGGGCUGACAUCGUGGUCCUGGAGCCAACGUCCCCGCCGCAUUUCUCACAGUCAAAUAGUAACGACGGCAAUGAACUCAUGAGUGGCUUCUCAGAUCCAAUCCUCACGUCCGAUGCCACCGAACUAAUGGGGUCAGCGUCCGACUGUGAGAACGACAAGAGUCAGACAGGGCUUAGUGAAGACAUACAGUGACACUUCCCCCUGGGUCAAGGUCACAGCACUUGAACCAGGCACUUUGUCAAGGCCACAUACCUGAUGGUCACAAGGAGGCAUUAUGCGAACUGAUUAGUGAUGAAGCGUGUCACGGUACGACAAUUGUGAUUUUGUUUUCUACAUGUGCCAAGCUGGAUGCAGGGAUGGUAGUCUCUGUGCAGAUGUUUGUAUGGGUGUGGCUGUAUCAAUGAGAAUGUUUUUUUGUUUUAUAAAAACAAUGAAGGUUAGCUGGGAUCUGGGGUACUUUAUGAGUAUAUUGUAAUGGUGUGUAUCGCCAUUGACCUGCAGAUCUGUGAACAACUCUCAUUCAUGAUUAUGCAGCAAACUUUCUGUGUGACAGAUGUCUUUACUUUCGGUGUGGAAAUAUAUCUUUCUGUGAUAUGCAGAAGUCUUUGUUGUAUUUACAGACUUCUGUUGUUGGGCUGCAAUGAUUCGUGUGUCGUUAAGCUAUGUGCGGGAAACGACAAUUUUCAUUUCCUUGCAUACCCUUUGAUGGUAUCAAAAUGAUUAUACAUUAACCUGAGCAAAAGUGUUUCAACAAUUUACCAGUCUUGAGACAAAGUAAUGAGUUGCCUAGAUCCAUGUUGCUUUCACAACAGUUACAGCCAGUGGUUCCUUGUGAUCUAGUGAAUAAGCGAUUAUGAUAAAUGUAUAUGUUAAAUAGGUGGAUGUAAGGGGAUGAUUUUGCACCGUCCAGUGUCAAACUACAGUGUUUGUGGUGUUAACUAAUCAAAACACAAUUCUUAUUUUGUAUUUGUUGGCUGUUAUAAGAUUAUAAAAGUUUGCCCUACUUAAAUAUUUAGGAACGAACAUCGAGUUCUUACAUGCAAGUUUGUACAGAACAAAGGUAGUAUUUGUUAUGGCCUUGGUGUCACAAUCGCUAUAUAUGUAUGGAGGUGUUCGAUGCGUACAUGUCUAUACUGCAGUGUCGGGUAUUGCAGUCAGCUGUGAUCCGGUCAAAGCUUCUGUAUAAUUGUGUACACUCUUAAGUAUUUAUUCGCGCAUUAGGUACAUGUGCCAUGAUAUUAAUUAUUAGAGAUACCCAUUUCAUGUUUUCUUUUAACUAUUUACCAUCUGAAAGUGCUGGAAAUUACUAAUUGUGUAAAUUGUUCGAACUACCUGAUGAAGAUGUUUUUGUCAUAUGGUCAUAGAAAUAUAUCAAUGAAUUUUGUGAUUGUAACAUUUUGGCGAGAUUUGUAAAGUAGAUCAGGUACAUGUUAAUCAUGGAUUUGGUAUUCAACCAUCUCUGACGAUGAAAUAAAGAUUUUGUUUACAAGUGAGGUGUUACCAUGUAUAUGAUGUUUUGUAUAUUUUUCAUAUACAUUGUACAUCGGAAUUGUUUGCCUGUCAAAGUAUUGCAUUAUCUUGUCUUGCAACUAGAAGUUUGACAUUUUGUGUACUUUAAUCAUGUUAUUUAAACAUCCUUUUGGCUCUCCUUGGUUGUACUAGCAGCAGGAUAGACAGUUGGUUGCACGUGCGCCAAGCUCCGUUGCAAGCUGAUCUUUAUAAUGCAUGGUACAUGGCUCUUUAGAAUGUUAUAUCAAAGUGUAAGAGUAGGGAUGUGUUAUGAAUUGGGGAUUAUCCUCGUAACUCUUCAUUCCUUAAAAAUUCUGGGCUCCCUUUGUUUUAAAGGAAUGGAGUUACUCGGACAUUCCCCUCUAUGUAUACUCAGUGUGGUGGAGUUGUAGAUCCGUGUUUAUCAGUCAUGCUAGAGUGCGACCAGAAAGGAUUUGUUCAUUUCAUCUUGUUAACAAUCACCCCUGUACCCACCUGCUACUUCAUAUUUAUUAUGCCCUCAUGAAUAUCAUUUUUCAUACAUAUGCAAAGGUUCAAAAUAUUGAGUUUGUGUACUAAUACAUUUGAUUUUGAAAAUAAACAUGUUAAACAAUG